CCCUAUAUUUCAUAUCGUGCAAAACUCUGCUCCAGUGGUAUCGUUUCCCAACAACUUACUGCAACUUACAAAAUCGAUCUCUAACCGUCACGAUAACGACAACAACUCCUCAUUUGGUUACUUUUCAUCAUGAGGAACAUCACCUCCUGCACAGAACCUCAGACCCUUGUUUCUUCCAUUUUAAAGCCUGUUCUCAUUUUGGAGCUCGUCUUUGGGUUGCCUGGAAAUGUGUUUGCUCUGUGGAUUUUGUUCUUCAAGUCAACAUGGAAAGCCUGCAAUGUGUAUCUCUUCUGUCUGGUGAUAUCUGACCUCCUACUCCUCACUGGGCUGCCUUUCCGCAUAGAUUAUCUCUUCCGUAGUGAAGACUGGAUAUUUGGCGAAUCCUUUUGCCGCCUCAUUUUAUAUAUCAUAUCAGUAAACUACUCAGCAAGCAUGGCUUUCAUGUCAAUUUUAGCCGUGGACCGCUUCUUCAGGAUCCUUCACCCACACCAUCGCAUUUGUCGAAUGAGUGUGAGACAAGCUAUAAUGUUGGCUAGCAUGGUUUGGAUGGUUGUUCUACUCCUUCGCCUCCCAACCGCCCUGAACCUGGUUCUCGCAUCACAGAAAAACUCUUCAAAGCUCACAUGCCACACUUUUCUCUCAUGGACAUGGCCGUCGGUUCAGAUGAGGAUAUAUAAUUCAGUCCAGCUGAUAGAGGUCCUGUUAGCAUUUGCACUGGUGGUCUUCUGCUUUGUGCGGGUUUCCUUUCACGUCCACGGUCGCCAGUCUAAGGGGGCACACCGCAGGGUGAAGCGGGCAGUGAGAUUGCUUCUGUUUCUUGUGAUCAUAUUUGUUCUGUGUUUCCUACCUACAGUCACUUUUGGCAUCUUCCUUCAAGUGUUUUCCUGUUCAGAAUUCCUCAUGGUGUGUUUUCAUGCUUCUUUAGCUUUAACCUACAUGAACAGUGCACUGGAUCCAGUCAUCUACUGCCACGUUAGCGCUUGGUUUCGUGACACCCUAAAGGGCAAAACCAACUCAUUAGGGCUGACGAAGUUCAAGAUGAGUGCGAAAACGAACCGAAAACGUUAAUCUACCUGAGAAACUGAGCAUUGG